CCGGAUUUCACCUCGACUUAAACCUACAUUGAAUUAUUUGCAGGGAUGGGCACGUAAAGUGCAUCGAAAGGGAAAAUAUUUAUUUGUUCAUUUGGAUGAUGGUUUGAAUAAUAGCGGUAAUGAUAAAGAUAACAGUCAUAAUGGGUCAAUGCUCCAAGUUGUAAUACCGCGUUCAUUGUGUCAUUCAGUAAUGGUCGGCACAGCAUUAGAAUUAAGUGGUGAAUGGACCAGAAGUCAAGGUUCGAAGCAGCCCAUGGAAUUGUUCGCAUCAAAAUGUAAACCUAUCACUGAUAAUCCACUGUGUGAACUGUUGAUGUUUUCUGAUGUUGAGGCUUAUUCAGUGAUUAGAGAGAAGUUAUUCCGUGUUUACAUUGAAGCUGUCAUCGGAUUCAGGUUGAGUUGUGAUAUUUAUACAAUUAAGACGAUUGCUGAAACAUCGGAUGCAAUGAGACAACGAUUACAUUUGAGGCCUUUGUCAUCGAACUUUAGAAGUGUUCUCCGAUUACGAAGUCAGCUGAAUGUGAUCAGUCGUCAGUUCUACGAGAAGGAAGGUUUCAUCGAAAUCGAUACACCGAUGAUAUCGUGUAAUGACUGUGAGGGUGCUGGAGAGGCGUUUCUGGUUAAGGUCGUGGUUUCAGAUUUUAUCCAUGAACUCAUUUCCAUUAUUUAUUCUUCAGCGAUUAUGAUUGUUCUUGCUCAAGAAGAUGAGGACUUUUUUGGUGAUAAUCGUUUUUAUUUACCAGUCUCUUCGCAGCUUCAUCUUGAAGCAGUCAUAAGUGGUAUAUCAAAAGUGUACACUCUGAGUCCAGCAUUUCGCGCUGAAAAAUCACUGUCACGGCAGCAUCUAGCUGAAUUUCGAAUGCUUGAGGCUGAAAUUGCAUUUUUGGAUGAUUUGGAUGAACUUUGUUCCUUUGUCGAACGUUUUGUUCGGUUUGUCAUCGAACGUUUAAAGCAGUCGACUUGUGUUCAAACCGACUACAAUAAUAUGUCAAAUACAUUCUGUGAUCAGGUUGUUAUUGCGAUCAUUGUUGUUGAUUUCUUUUUUUGUCAAUAUUCCUGCAUAAGAUAUUUGAUUGCUUUAUGUAAAUAA